AUGCAUGACUAUUUGAUGGCUGAAGAUUCUGAACUCUGGGACAUUAUUCUUGAUGGUCCUUUUGUCCCUACUAGGACGAAUACUGAAACUGAAAAGCUAGAAGUAAAGCCUACGAAAGAAUACACUGAAACUGAUAGAAAAGCCAUUGAAAAGGGGCUCAAGGUAAAGAAAAUUCUAAUAUGUGGUAUUGAACCAGAUGAAUACAAUUGUGUUUCGUCUCAUGAAACUGCCAAGGAAAUAUGGGAAGCUUUUCUAACGGCGCAUGAAGGAACCUCUCAAGUCAAACAGUCCAAAAUAGACAUGCUCACCACUGAGUAUGAACUAUUUAGGAUGAAGGAUGAUGAGUCAAUCCAAGAUACGAACACUCGUUUCACCUCCAUUAUCAAUGAGCUUCAUUCUCUUGGUGAGAUUAUUUCAAUUGUGCCUCAUCUACUUACUGUUUUUUGCUUGAGGGAACAGAUAAGGAACCUAGUCCUUUAUCUGUUUUUCAGUGGACUCUUAGUUUUCAUCAGCGUCACUAUAAUGUAA